AUGGCGACGAGUGCGAUAGUGUUCUCAGGACUACCGGGAUCCGUGGAAGGAAGCCAAACGUUAUCGUUCCACGAGCUAUCGACAUCGAGCCAAGUGCACCAGCUCAAGACCGCACCGAAUGCAGCCUUCAGCCUCUCAGGAACAACGAGCCAGAGUGGUGCUGGGCUGCCUCCCCGGAAGACGGUGGCCUGUCUGCCCUCGACCAACUCGCUCGGCUCGACGAUCCUCUCGAUCUCGGGAAGAGACGGCAGGAACGGCAUCCUCCUUUGGUCAUCUCUCGCCGCUAAACCUACUCCUUCGCAUCGUCUCAUCCCGGCAGGUCGGGUCAUCGUCGUCUCCCUGAGUCCUUCCGGAACCUAUCUCGCCACCGGAUCUGCUGAUGGGCUAAUUGUGCUAUGGGAGCUCAGUACCGGCACCCUCCUUGCCAGCUUCGAUGGCCAUUACAAGUCGGUCACCUGCCUAGCUUUUAGUGAUGAUGAAGCGGCCCUAGUUAGUGCAAGCGAGGACUCGAUGUGCUCCGUUUGGUCUAUCCCAACGCUAGUUGACGAGGCGCUCGAUUCCAAUCUUUCACACACCCCCUACUCCAUCUUCUCAGACCACACCCUGCCAAUCUCAGAUCUUUGCAUUUCCAGAGGAUGUUUCCCUGACCUGAGGAUCUUUACGGCCAGUUUGGAUCAAACCAUCAAGAUAUGGUCGCCCCUUUAUCCAUCCUCGCCAUUGCUUUCUACGUUUGCCGUCCCUGGACCUGCCCACCACCUGGCAAUUGACCCUCUCGAACGGUUCAUCAUCGUCUCGUAUGCCACGAUGCUGAAGAACGAAGCAGAAGAAUCGGCGAAUGACACCACCGCUGCUCAGCCGCAACAAUCGACCGCCAUUCCUGCCUCGACGGUCAGGAUUAUCCCGCUUUUCUCUCGACCCAGCCAUUCAGCAACUCAAGGCGGCGUAUCGCGGGUACAUGGGCCUGGUGGACUGGUCCAGCAGAUCGAAUCUGGAGACCAGGAAGUGACCUAUACCAGUCCGCGAUCCACUCAGAUCACCGCGCUCCAUCUGCCCUCACCGAUCGUCUCGAGCUCCGUGGUUCUAUGUGGGCUUUCGAACGGGAAGAUCGUUCAUCUGUCGAUGCCUUCUCUCCAACCACUGGGUCAGACCGUGCCCCACCCGAACGCCACCGGCGAUGUGAAGGACCCAGUGGUCUAUAUGAACACGUUCGCCCGACCGGUCGACCUACUGUCGAGCUCGGCUGCUGACGCCUUAUCAGGCCCUGACCUUGCCGGCUCCUCUGUGAUCUCGCCGCGCCCAGUUGGCGUCCUGGGUCGCGUCGUUGGCAGGAACGGCGAUCCCCAGCGCGGCCCAGGAUCCCUGCAAGCGAGCCACACUCAACAAGCCUGUCGUGAGAUGUACACGAUGUUGAAGAUCGAGCAGGCUAGCGACCCCGGGCUAGUCGAGGACGAUCCAUUCAGCUUGCCCAGUCGUGAGACCCGACCGGACAACUCGGCGCUCCAUGCCCUGCCCGACCACUCCCACCAGUCCAUCGUCCAGGACCACCAACAAAAUUCCCAAACCGACUCGAUCGAGAAACUCACCGCCGAGACCUCCCAUCUUAAGGCUCAACUCAAACAGGCUUUGGCAUUCAAUGACAGUCUGUGGGCAGGAAUCGUCGAUGGCACUUUAACUUUCAAAGAAGGUACCCUCCCUCCUACUUAA